UUGGAAACGCCGCGCGCGCCGGGUGCUGAGGAGAGGCGGAUGAUAGUAACACGCCACGCCACGGCUCACUACAGCAGUUUCACGCUAAAACGAUCAGGCAUUACAGCUGUAAUAUGAUGGAUAUUUGUGCUCGUGCCGGAUGCAUUUAAACGGUAAGAGUAUCGCGUAAUGAUGAUGAUGAUGAUGAUGAUCGCGUGAUUCUGACAGUGACAUUGAAAACGCGCGCAUUGAUGAUGAGUUUGCUGCUGAAGAAGCUGCUUUGAAGAGAUCUGGUGAGAGUCAAUGAAGAUUUGAUUGCAGCAGGGCAUGUUAAGCUAAAAGACCUUUAAUGGGGAAAAUCAGAAGAGUCCCAUUAAGAUGACACGCACAGAUCCACCUGACAUACUAGGAUCAGCUGUGUAUCAAGAUGUCAAAGUGAAUUCCCUCUCGAGCCACUCCAAAUCUCAUCAUCCCUUAAAACAAUGUGAUUCUCCAUUCAUCAGCAAACUGGAGAACACUCGAAAAAGCAAAAAGAGGCACUGCCGCCAUUUUGACAACAAGUCUAAGGACAAACUCAGAUAUCAAACAUUAGCGAUGGAAUAUCCACACAGAAGGGCUGAAAGGUACGCGGCCAAUCCAGAGGUCGCCUGGAAUGCCUUAGGUCGCCAACAAGGGCACCGUUUCUCUUCCCCGGACCUGUUUACCUAUCGUCUCGCCUCCCAGCCGCUGCCCGCUGAACUGCCUGCUGACGUCGUUGUGACAGACGUAAAGAGAAGGACCAGAUCGAGAAGUGCCUCGCGGGUUCAGACCAGCCUCACCCCGGUAUCGUUUGAUGCUUCCCCUCCAGUGGCCAGGAGGGGCCGGGAAUCUCAGAGGGCGCACAGAAACGCUCAAGUAAGGUCAGAUGUUUCUUCAAGAGGAGAGUCUUCCUACGCCGAUUCUCGAGCACACCCAUUAAGUGAUGUUCACCCUAUUAAACUGCAGCCACAGAGAACUGAUACAAGCAGGUACUCCCCCGUGUACGCUCCUGAAGACUUUGAUGAAGGAAGGUCGGAGAAACCCGCUACUAGUCCUCACGUUCGGUGUCGGGUAGACAUUAAACCAGAUGAGUCAGCCAGGCAGCACGAUGGCCGGAAGCCAGCUACUCCCCAAGGAGACAUACCUUGGCAGAAAUAUCACAGCGGCGGCGGUCGAAGUCUGACGGUACCUCGUCAUUUCUCCUCUUCAAGGACACCGACACCCACUGAAUCCUUUACAGGGGAGUACAGGCAGGCGUACCAGUAUUCCCAAAGUAUGCCAAACAGUUACAUGCAGCCUAUGGAGAUCCCUUUACAAAAAGCGGUCUCGCCACGAGAGCCAAGGGAACACUACAGAAGGGAACGAAGGGCUCAUUCCAGCCCCAAUGUGCCAACUAAAUUCUUCUAUGCAGAGGAUUUGGGGAAGUAUGGAUCUUCAGCUCCAUCAAGGACUUAUUAUCAAGAUGACCGAUACAGCGUUCCUAGCCAAGCCUACUCACCAAAAAUUCAAUACGUACAAGAUCCAAGAACUCACAUUGUUCACGCUGUAUCUGCCAGACCGUAUUACACAGACGUUGACUCCUACCAUUACCCUGCACAGCCCGUGUACCCUAAAACCUAUGCUGCGAGUGAACCAGGUGCAUAUAUAAUACAGACGCCCCCGGCGAGGACAUUCUAUGGGGAUGACCCGAGGACAUAUCAGAUUCAAACAGCCCCUCCUCGGAUUUUCUACGUGGGCGACCCCUAUGCCCAAUCAAUGGAGCAUCAUUAUCCAUCAAGGGCAUAUUACACGGAGGGCAGACGACAUGCCCGUGCGGUUCAGCCACAGUCUGAUGACUGGUACGGCUCAGAAGUGUCUGGCUACUCGAGCCAUUACCCCUCCUCGUAUGUGUCACAGGUCACUCCCACAAGAGUUAGACAAGAGCCAAAGCUAACGACUUGGUAUGCCAACCCGUGCAUGGAGCCAGAAAGACCUGCAACAGAACCAAGACCAUACUCGAGGUCCUGGGAUAACAUACUGGAUACCCAGGUCGAGAGGGAACAGCCUGUGCCGCGUGGAAAGAGCGAUGAGAAUCUUCUUUGUCAGGGAAUACAAACUUCAAACGAAAGGCCGAAACCUGUGGUUGUGAAUCUCUCGAGCUCCCCGAGGCGUUACGCUGCGUUGUCCUUGUCUGAAAACUCUUUGCUUGACAAAAGCCCAACCGAGGCCAAAAGCUCCUCAAGCAAAUUGUGGUUUGUCACCCCUGAAAUAACCAUCACAGACAAUGACAUUAGACCUAGUAACCUUAGCAAAACAGAAACACGCUCUGCUAGUUGGGAUGUGCUGGAUCCGAAGAGUGCCCCAAAUCAAGCAGGCCCUCAACGUGAAACAAAAUCCCACCCCGUAGAAUCCACCAAAGAUAAAGUGCACGGCAGCACUUCCCUACAGCAAAGUCUCGAGCAGCUCGACGAGUUACUGGCUGACCUUGUAGUCGAUUACAAGCCUCCUGCUAGGAGACCCAGCGAAGACCUGCUUGACCAGCUCAAGAAACUCAUAGAUGAGGAAGAGGCCGUAUCUUCGGCAAGAAAGGAUUCGGUGGCGGAUUCUGAAGGCAGCAUGCCCCUUGACAAGCAACCUACUUCCAUAAAAAUAGAUCCAGAUGCUCUGCGAGACACUGAUGGGAGUUGCGAUGGCCUCAGAAGUACAGAGGAGUGCUCCCCUGACCAAAGCCCAGAUGAGGACGAUACCAUGAUGUGCUCAAACAAUAGAUGCCGUCGGACCGAGACGCUGUUUAAUGCCUGCCUCUACUUCAAAUCCUGCCACAGCUGCUACACCUACUAUUGCUCUCGCAACUGUCGCAGAGAAGACUGGGACGUGCACAAAGAGAGCUGCCUCUACGGGCGAAUCGGCAGCGUUUGCCGCCACGUUAUCAAGUACUGUAGAGAAACCGCAGAGGUCCACAAAGCAUUCUCCCGUAUAGCCAAAGUGGGAUACCUGUCUCGGGGUAGGGGUGUCCUGUUUGUAGGGUUUCCAAAUCCGGGCUCGUCCACAAAUUUCCUUCAGUUUGGACUAGAAAGUCUGCUUAUGUCUCCGACGUACUUGUCCCUUCGUGAGCUUGAGAGUUUUAAGGACAACCUGGGGGAUUAUUGCAAAGAGCUCCAAGAGGCUGGAAAGGAAUACGACCCGAACGAAUGUUUUCUCUUGAAUGUAUCCAUCGCUGUUGGCGAUCAAGUGCCCGACGGACCGUCGCCAAGGGUCCAAGCCCCGACCGUCAGGAAAUUUGCCAAGAUAGCUCUAGCCUCGUACAGCCCAGAAAAAAAGAGUCAGCGGAAAGAAAGCGACAUGGAGACGUUGAUCCUCACCCCACCGCCGGGUAUGGCUGACAUCGACAAGGAAGGAGAAGAAGGAAGGAAAUCGAGGGAGAUCUGCUUCAUCAACAUUCAACGAGAGUUAAGGAUACGUGGUGUGUUUCUACGCCACGAGUAUCCGCACGUCUACCAAAAGCUCUGUGAAUUUGUUGAGAACAACAGAAGGUUCACACCCACUACUAUUUACCCCAUCGACAAAAGGACAGGCAAGCAGUUUAUGUGCAUGAUAAUGGCAGCGUCUGAGCCACGAACACUGGACUGGGUAGCCAACCCACAUCUCCUAGAUGACAUUAUAUAAACAAACAAGUGCACCUUUUCUAUAGAAAUGCAUAGAACUCACUAUAUAGUACAUAUCGAUAUAUCAAGCUUAUUUGUUAUACAUGUUUGUAGACCUGUAUUUUGUUACCGAAAAAAAAAAGUUCAUGCCUGCAAGGUCAGUAUGAUUCAGUUGAAUGGAAUAAUGCCCAUCAGAUGUCCAAUAUCAGUAAUCUACGUUUCAUUUUUCAUCGACUUUGUAUUGGUGUCCAGUCACCGGUUUGGUUAAUUUAUGCUUGAUUUUCUCAUACUUUUAUGGUAGCAAACAAUCUUCUAUUUAUUUUGGCAAACUCAAGAAUUAUGUGCUUAUUUCACAGAGUUUAAUAUUUUUUCCUAUGCAAAAUCUAACAACAUUGUCCCUCAAAAAUGUCAGGAGACAUGGUACAAUAUUUAUUUUCUUUGUCAGAAAAAUAAUCUAAGAUGUAUUUGUUUAAUACAGGCAUAUUAUAUUAUAUUAUAUUAUAGAUUUUUAUGAUUGACAGAAAUGUAAGAAGAGCAGUGAUGGAGGUGUGGGACAGUGGAUUGAUUUUGGUUUAUUAAAGGCUCUCAGUGAAACGGUUUUAAUUAAAAAGCGCUGCGUAGAAUUAAGCAGCAAAGCUUCAACACAGAAAUUUGAAAACUCAUUUUGUAAAUGGUUUACUGAAUUUAGGUUUCAACUUAAUGAAGUAAUUGGUGCUUUCAUGUGUGUAGUAGAAUUAACUUGAGCAAUAAUGACAUUUGGAGAAUAUUCAUCAGAAACACUGUGAUCUCAGAGACUCACACUUAUGAUCACUCAUUCAAUAUUGCAGUAGAUGUAAAGACUAUAAGACAGAUGAUAUCUUUUGUGUAGAAAAUUGGAUUCAGACAUGGAUUUGCUGUAUGGUAUAUAUGGAUAUUAAGCUUGGAGAUGUAGUAGAGUUUUGUGUUUUUAUUUUUAACAGAUUGACUGACAGAUGUUACGGUAAACACAUUUAUUUUUGAGAUAUUCUUGAGUCAGACAGGUUUAGCUUUUUGAAAUCAUUUAACAUUGUGUACACUUUUUUUAUUUAUUUGGUUUAUUUAUCAAAAAAUGACUCCUAAAUCCACUGCUUUUCAGAUUAUAACCCAGUACUAAGUUUAAUAUAUAUACAAAUUUAA